GAAGCUACAGUUCUCUAUUCUCUCUCUAUCUCUUCCAAAUUUCCAAUCCUCUGUUCAUCCAUCCGCCGUUGAUAUAGAAAAGAAAGAAACAGAGAGAGAAUGGGCGCCAUGACUACAAGUUGCUACCUGAAUCUCACGCCCCCAACUAAACCACUUUCAAACAAGAUUAUUAUAACCCAAGUUUCAUGGCCAAACAAAGAUUGGAGCAAACGAUGGGCGAUCGGAGUUGCAUCCGUAAUAAUAAGUCUUGAAAUAAUGGGUAAUGUUGAAGAUGGAUCUAGAAUUACAGCCGUAGCAAUGGCUAAGGAAGAGACGGAAACGACGGCGCCGGCGCCGGCGAUUGGUAGGAGAUGGAGCGAAAAAAGGAUGUGUCCUUCAUGGAAGAGUAAUUCACUUGAGAUUAUAGUACCGGAAAAUCUCCCUAGGCCGUUUACUCGCCGGAGAUGGGAGGCCGUCGGUUAUGUCCACCGCUCUUCACUUAAAGAUGCCGACGCCUCCGUUAGUAGCUGUUUUAAAAUGUAAAACUUGUAUUAUUAUUAAUAUACUGUAAAUAAAAUAUGAAAUG